CGGGACGGGACGGCGGCCGGAGGAAGAGAGAGCAUUUAACGUGAAAUUAUUAAGCGUUAACACCGUUAUAUAUCCCCGUGAUAUUCUAGAGUUUCUCCACCAUUAUCUGUUAGGUUGUGUUUUCUGCAAAAGCCACCAUACAAUGACCACCUUGUUUCCAUUCUCCGAUCACCACCAUCACCACCGUCUACCUUCUCCUUCUCCAACCGAGCUUUACCUCCAACCGAGCUUUCCCUCCAUACCCAAGACUCCUCCCCUCCCACGUAACCCUCGGCUUCUUUCUUCCUUCGGUUUCCCCUUUCUUUCUUCAUGCAGAUCUUCGGCCUCUCAAUCCCCUUCCCGCUGCAGAUGGCUCAUCCUCUUCAACCAGCCAUGGCUUUUCAUCCUACCGAUCCCUUUUCACCUUUUCUUCCCCUGAUUUUCCCCUUUCCUCAAGACAGUUAACAGGCGUCCUUUUUCUCAAGAUCACCGGUGAUUUCCGAGAACCACUGCCGCAGUCCAACAUCGCCUACGCCGGCGAGUGAACAAUAGAACAAGAGCAAAUGAAGCCGGAUCUAGCAAUUCGCGACAGCGGUGCUGUUCACGCGAGGAUGCAGCGAUUCGGCGAAACCUCAGUCGUCAUCCAACUGAAACAGAUCUGCAGACUAAAUCUGUGCCAGCUAGGGAUCACGAGUGGGUGACGACAGGAUGAAUUGGGCGUAGAUUGAAGGCCCAAAUGCAUUUUGCAGAUUUUUGUAGAAGGGUAAAGAUCGGAGAGGCCCUAAUGCAUGUUGCAGAUUCUGGUAAAGAAGAAACAGAUUUGAGAAGCCCAAAAGCCGUGGAUCCAAAAGGCUCGGAGAGUUGAUUUCUGGAAAGUUCUUUUUAGGGUUUCUUUGUUUGGGUAUAAAUAGAGGGUUUUAGGUUAGAAAUGGGGGGGUUUCUUUUGGUUUUGAGUCUGGUGUUGACGGCGGAGAGAAGGGGGUUUUUUCUGUUGGAAGGAGAUUGGUGUUUGAGAAAAGAGAUCCUCAAGUUGCAAGAGGGAUUCCAUCUUUCGGUGUUUAUUGUUAGUUAUAGUCCUGAACUCAGGAUUCUUUUAGGAAAAUGGUGAAGCAGAUGGUGGGAGCCUGAUCCCGUGGGUUGGAUUCCUCCCAUCAAAUCCAGUUCUGUUUUUUCCUUAAAAAAAUCCACACUGCUUGUUUUUAUUUUCUGUGGGUGUUUGAUUUCUUUCAUAUGUUUCGUUGGAAAAUGAACGAAAAAUCAUAGAUUUUCUAGUUUAUUUGUCUGAUGAAUAUGUUUAUCUUUUGCUGGAAAUGAGAUGCAAUUAAUAUGAAGCCUAAGU